UUUUUUCAUUUAGCAAAUAGAGAAAACCAUUGAUGUUUUGAUGACGUCAUAAUAGGGUCUUUAAUGAGAUUUUGAGAUGGGUCUGAGUUUUUAACUAAUCAGCAUGUCAAAUUCCAUAAAUGUGCCAAAUUGCGUGCUUUUACCUCAAAAUCCACAAUUCUACCAUUUUUUUACAUCAUUCUGCUGGCCUAAAUGCAUUCUUUGUAAUGUAAUUUGGUUUUUAAUACAAGGUUAUGGCUUUGUUGUAGUUGCAAUUAUUUUAUUUCAUUCAAUUAGUGUAUAUUAUAAUGAAAGUUUAUUAUAAUGUAUCCCAUGAAAAUCAGCUCUGCUUAAGGGCAAACCUUAAACAUAAUAUGAUAUGAAAAAAAAUUAACCCAGCAGUGCCUAUUAUAUUAUUUCUCACUUCCGCAAUUCACCUCAACAUGAAAAAAAACAUAACUGAACAUGUGUAAGUGGCGACUGUCAUGUCUGCCAUUCCAGCCAAAGGCAUGACAUUUUGACUUGAGUUUGGUGUUGGCAAUGUACCGGAACAUCGGUAAUCUUCUGCCCAAAAUUCUCUAUAUGGUUUGUGGUGCUUUGCUAUGCAUGAUAUACAACGACAUUGCUAGGGACAAGGAUAGUUCAAAUUUAUUUCUUUCGAAUGCUGGAAAGGAAGAAAAAGGUGCUUGCAACUGCCCAGGUUCGUUGCAUGGGAUGAUGGAGCGGCAGCAGCGAGUAUUCGCAGCUGAAAGCAAAUUAAGCAAAGAGAAAAGUGACAUUGAAGGGCUAGUUCAAAAUAUUAAUGGCGAUUUUGAUCAGGAAAAGCAUGCCCCAGAAAAGACUCAUUACUCAAACGAAAAAAGCGAAGUGGACGACACAAGGCUGCCCACAUGGGCAUUUAAUCAAAAAAGCAUCUUCCGAUCAUUUGCUAGUGGUGGUGAUCCAAAAGUUAGAAUGGACGGGGAGAAAGAUAAAACGAUGAAAAGACUAAUAAGUUCUGCAUUUAAAAAAGCAUGCAUAUACGCAAAACAAAGGAAGAAGAUUAAAGUUUGUGAUCUUUGGCAUGGAAGCCUUAGUAUUGACAUUGAAAAAGGCAUUAAAAUGUCCUUUAUUUUAUCUGAAGAGAAUAGAACAUCGUUAAGGGUUGUUGGCAAAUUCAAAUUACAAGAUUUGUUUACAAUUGAGAGUGGCAGAACUGUUAAAAAUCAGCAAGGUGAAAUUCAUGUGAUAACAAUGAUGUCAGACUCGUUGCCCAUAUCAAGGCUGACAGAUUUUCUUGCAAUGAUAAAAAGUAUUCAUUUGAAGCAAAAAUUGUUUUUCUACUUCUCUCUUUAUGGAAAGACACAAAAUGUCAGACAAUAUGAACAUCUCAUUAUUGAUGCAAGUAAAAACCUGAAAAAUGCAAGAUUUAAAGUUUUACAUGUGAAGGGCAACUUUGAGAGAGGUGCUGCAAGACAUAAUGGUGUUUCGAUGUUACCUCCAAAGAAUGUGCUUAUUUUAUUUGUAGACAUAGAUAUAUCUUUUAAUAGUGGCUUUUUGCAAAGAUGUCAACUAUACACUGAAUCAAAGCAAAGUGUUUACUUUCCAAUAGUGUUCUCUCAAUACAAUCCAAAAAUUGUUGGACAAAGUAAGAAACCUUGGGUUAUUUCAUCAAAUCAUGGAAUGUGGAGAGAUCAAGGCCAUGGCAACUUGUGUGUUUUCAAAUCUGAUUAUUUGGAGGCUGGCGGUUUCAGUUUGAACAUCACUGGUUGGGGAUCAGAGGAUGAUGAAAUAUAUCAAAGGUUUCAUGCAAAAAAAUAUCUCACAGUGCACAGAUUUCCUGAUCAUGGUAUCUUCCAUCGUUGGCACAAGAAAGAAUGUGAUAUAAAAUCAUUGGACAGAGUAAGGUAUCAAAGAUGUCUUUCAACAAAGUUUACAUAUGAAACCUCUUGUAGGAACUUAGCAAUUCUUUACUUUAAGAAAAGCAACAGGCAUUGAUAAUCUCAUUCUGGAUUCCCAUUUAAAAAUCAGUGAAAGACCCUUGGGGGGGGGAGCAAAUAUUUUGGAAGGUAAUGGUCUUUUGUUCUAAAAAUAUGGGGAAAUGUGAUGCCAUCUUAUCAAAACAAUAGGCUUGCCCCCUUCCCCAAAUAUUUUACCGAGUGUCCACCCCUGUUAAAAAUUAAAAAAAGAUUUAGCAGUCUCCUAUAAUCUUCAUUUCCAAUUAGUGAAGGGAGUGGUUAGUUUGUGGUUUUUGUGUAACAAAGGCCCAAAUAUCAAUAUGCAAGUUUUGAUAGAAAGGAGGAUCUG